AUGUCGGAAUCCGCUUCCAAGCCGUCCAAUGCCUCAAGUCCUAGAUCAUGCUGGCAAUGCGCGAAGAGGCGACUGGUCUGCGAUCUGGGGAAACCGGGAUGCAAGAAGUGCGCGAAUCACGGCGUGGAGUGUCCCGGUUACGAGACGAAACCUCUUCAAUGGAUGCAGCCUGGCCAGACGAGGUCCAAGGGAGCUCGCAAGGCCGAGCGGCUAAGAUCAAGCAGGAAACCAGCCUCACAAGCGGCGACAGAUAAGCCAGCGACAUUGGACAUUGGCAGAACGACACCUGAGUGCUCGCUUCCAUCGAAGUUUAGUGAUACAGAAGAGGCCUUGAUUGUAUAUCCAAUGGUAAAAGACCAAAGUACUUUUGGCCUCCUCAUUCAGGCGCUGAAUUAUCACAACAUCAAUAUCUCGCCCGACUUGGUCGCUACUGGCGAUCGUAGUCUGAACAAUCCAUUCAUCGUCGGCACUGGAUUGACAUCCGUAAUCCCUCCGGUGAUAGCCGAAGUGAUCAUAUGCACCGCGCUGGGUCACCGCAUGGUCCAGUCCGUCCAGUGUUCCGAAGCUGAUAGGAAUGCCAUGGCCGUGAAGCUUCGCCGCCAUCGAGGAGCUGCUAUAAGCGCCGUUGCCAGUGGUCUUUCGCAAAAAGAGGCGCAAUGGCACGAGAGGACGCUGAUAUCUGUCGUUCUGCUGCUGCUCAGCGAGCACUCGCUAUCACCAAAUUGGUGGCAACACCUGGACGGAGCCUAUGCCCUGAUUGAUAUGCGGGGAGGCCUGCCGUAUUUGAUCAAUUCCAUGCCACAGCAGAGGCAUUUGUUUCGAUAUUUCUUCCACAUUGAUGUCUUCGGAGCUACUACAGCGCCUUGUGUCGAUGUGCGCAGAGUACAGCAGCAGUUGAGUGUGGUCGGGCAUCUGGAGACUUUGUAUGGAGAUGGUUUACUGACGUCCACUCCGUGCCCGCCUGAGCUGGUCUCAUGCAUAAUCUUCACUAACUAUAUUCGGUCCCAGCAACGUUCUUUGGCAUCAUCAUCACUAUCGAACUGUUUCAUCAGUCUCGAAGAUACGUACCACCCUCUUCAACAAAUUCUGACAUUCGAUCCUCAAGCAUGGGCCUCAAGCCUGCCUCUUCAAAAUGUACAGAGUUCCGAUCCAGAAGACCGGCACAAGCACUUACCUGCUUCUUGGAAUUGGACACGUAUCGGUCGCAUAUAUCAGUGCGCUGUCGCUAUAUACUGCGUCGAGUCUCUUGGUCCCCCGCCCGAGCUGGGCUAUGCUGAUAUCCGUUCCGCCCACCGCAAGAUCCUGCUACAGGAACUCCGGCAACUCACUAAUGGCUCACGGAAUCAGCUUCGAAAACUCGUGAUUUGGCCCAUGGUCAUUGCCGGCCUUGUUCUAGACUCCAAUGACCAACUUUCUCAGGAGUUCGUCAUCGAAGAGCUGAAACGGCUCGGUGCUACGCUGGGCACCGCAGCGCCUCUGAUUGCCAGGGACCUUCUUCGUGGGCUGUGGCAUUCGUCAGCCUACUCGAGACACGGCAGAACUUGGGAAGACUUGUUUGACCGACCUUACGUAUUCGCAAUCUAA